AUGCGAUUCAGCGUGACUGCCACGACGGCCAUCAUCGCGUGCUCCUGCAUGGCUGCAGCCUACGUCGGUGUGCUGUACACGCUGCCCCACACGAUCCGACGGCUUCCACGUGAUCACCCCACCCACAUCCUAGCGCGCUUCCUGCUCAUCUGCAUCUUUUGCGCCAUCUGCCCGUUUGUUCUAGCAGUAUUUUAUGACCAUGAUGAAACUAGCAUGUCGUUCGCGCAGUGGCUUGGUAUCCGAUGGGACGGCUUAGUGCAAGCUGUCGUGAUCCCGCUAUUUGUGACGGCUGUGCUGUUCACAGGCUCGUUGCUGGCCAACGCAUUGCGGCUGCUUAACGUGUCGAAGCAGUUCCACUCGAACGGGUUGUGGUUCGCCAUCAAGAACUCAGCGCUGUAUUACUCCAUCACGCAUGACCGACUGCCAUCGCUGCGCACUUACGUAUUGGGCCCGCUGACCGAAGAGUUCGUGUUCCGGAGCUGCAUGGCUCCGCUACUCGUGUGCGCUGAGUUCACUGUCAAGCAAAUCGUGUUAGGCAGUCCGCUGAUGUUUGGAGCAGCCCACUUACACCACUUCAUGGAGUACGUGAGACACGGACGGUCUCCGAAGGACGCAGCGUUGACAGUUGGCUUCCAGCUCCUGUACACCUCCUUGUUUGGAGCCUACGCUACCUUCAUUUUCCUGAGAACAGGACACUUUGCGUCAACAUUUCUCGUGCACGUAUUCUGCAACAUCAUGGGGUUCCCAGACCUCUCGUUUUUCAACCCCGAAAGCUCAUUGCAUCCUUAUCGAUUAGUACUUCUCGGGGCUUACUUCUUUGGCAUUUAUGGGUUCUCUCUCCUUCUGAUGCCGCUGACAGAACCAACAAUUUAUUCGUCAGGAAUGUGGAAUGUGACGGCAUCCGCAACAGAGCACGAGCUUGUAUUUGGCUACACGGAGACUCUGUGA